AUGCCGUACAACUUGAGUAUCCUUCGUCUAUCUUGUUUGCUACUUGGCCUGAGCAUCGCGCCGAUUCAGGGAGCUCCGAUGUUAAUGAAAGCCCAGUCAUCAUCGGGCCUCUCUACAGCUAUGCGAUCACAUAAUUCGAAUGACAUUUUCUUCGAGAUUGGAGAUCAGAUGGAUCACCCUUUUGAACUGGACGUGCGAGUAGAAGAAUUGCUAUCACUAAAGGACUCUAUGCCCCCGACCCUAGCUUCUUCGACCGUGCAUCCAACCGACGUGACGCCCCCGACCCCAGCCUCUUCAACCGUGCAUGCAGGCGACGUGAAGCCCCCGACCCGAGCCUCUUCAACCGUGGAUCCAAGCGACGUUACUCCCCCGGAACCAGCUUCUUCAACCAUGCAUCCAAGCACGAUUUCUUCUGGGACACCCUUCAGAAUUGAAGUGAAAACUAUAAAAAAAAAUCCUGAGAGCAAAGAUGAAAAACCGCUGAUCAGGACCUUCAUAAGAACCUUGUCGCAUUCAAACCUGAAUAAUUUGGGCUCUGGCGCAAGCAUGAAUGGGAACAAGGCAUUUGCACGACAACUAGUCAACGAUGAAAUGAAACCAAAGUAUGGUGAGAGUAAAAUCCACGACGAAAAAGAUUACGAGUUAGAAGUCGUUCCCGAUCUCGAUCGGGCCAUGGAAAAGUGA